AUGGAGUCAACUGGAACAACCAUCACCACCCUCCCAAAUCCAUCCUCCUCCUCUAACCCAGUUAUAAUACUAAUCCCUUGUGCUGCCUGCAAGCUUCUCCGGCGCCGGUGCACCGAUAAAUGCGUGCUCGCUCCAUAUUUUCCUCCUACAGAUCCUCUCAAGUUCACCAUGGCACACCGUGUUUUUGGUGCUAGCAACAUCAUCAAAUUCUUGCAGGAGCUUCCGGAGAGCCAGAGAGCCGAUGCGGUGAGCGCUAUGGUGUAUGAAGCGAGCGCAAGGAUGAGAGAUCCGGUGUAUGGCAGCACCGGAGUUAUAUGCCACUUACUAAGACAAGUUAGUGAUCUCCAAGCUGAGCUAGCUAAAGCUCAGGCUAAGCUUCUCAAUAUCAAGGCUCACAAAGAUUGUCUCAUGGAAUUUAACUGCAUGGAGAUCAUGGCUAAGUCUCCACAGCACCAGCCUCAACCCUUGGACAAUUGUAACAUUAGCUGUGAUUUAUUUGAAGCUUAUCCUGAUCCUGAUCCUUUUUGGGAGCCAAACCUGUGGACAUGA